GCACCCAUGUCAAGCCAUGCAGCAGACCCUCUCGUACUCAUCAUCAUCGCCAUCCCCAUCCCCGAUGCCCAUGCCAUCAGCAUCAGCCGCACAGCCGCCACCGAUCCCGAAUCCGACACCGAAUCUGAACCUAAGUCCGAAUACGAACCCAAUACCACGACCCAGAUCCACAGGUGGCGAGUCCCGAUACCAGCCGGCCAUCAUCCCGGUUGAUUAUAGCUAUCGCACCCACACCACCCGCUCCAUUCUCUCCGCCCAAUCGAUGGCACCCUCCACGUUCGCCUCCAAUCAGAGCUUUGUGCGCCAGCCCUCGGAGUCGGAUGCUCAGCCGUAUAGUAGCCUCUUUGGGGAUCCGGUUCCACCGCCGCUCCAGCCGGAUGAUUACUUCGGAACAGCUGCCUUUGAGACGUUACGCAAUGGGUCUGUGGAACUGCCCAGCUCCGAGGAGGAUGCGCUGGUGGCCGCUAUGGCGCUGAACGCACUUCUUCCCGCGGCCAGGGAGCGCAUCUUUCCAAGUGUGCCGUACACAAGGACCCCCCGAGGAUCCCUGCUUCCGUACCUCCAGCCACCCGACAUCCAGAUCCUGCCCAACUCGAGCGGUGGCUCCAGUUCAGAGCAACUGGGCUCACCUAACUAUCGGCUCCUGGCUCCCGAUGACAUUCUGAACAAGCCCGACGUGUACGAUUUGGAGAACGAGGUCGAGGUCGAGUACACCGUAGUCGGUCAGAGGAUGGCUUUCGAUGAUGAGGAAGAUGAGCCGGCAAGGACUCCUAGCCAAGCGCCCGCCAAGUUGAGUGUGUCCAGCAUCACAACGGACGAUCACUGGGGAUUACUCAGCGACUCCUAUUCGGGAAGGGAUUGGUUCCGUCCGGCGCCACAGCACUUUCCAGAGUUCACACGUAUCCCUCGAUUGCGUCCCAGCUCCAAGAUGAUUAUGUCGAUGAAGCAGGAUGAAGGACCUCUCUCCCCGUUGGCCACCAUGAUCCAGGACAUGAACAGCUCGAGCAGCGGCGGCGAGGAGCGAGUGGCUGCCAACGAAAGUAGGCCAGUUAGCAGGGACGUUGUACUCUCACCGAAGCAAUAUCUGGAGGAGCAGUUGGGUCUGGAGAGAGGCAGCCAGAGGCAGUCGCUGGAGGACUACAGAAUGCCACCGCCACCGGCAGACCCGCCCCCUUUCCGCAGGGCUGACCUGACGGAGCAGGAUGACAGCCGGAGUGUGGAACUUGAACAUAGCUUAAAGCGGGAAAUGUCACCAGUUAUCAUCAGGGACUCCAUACCUAUGGGCGGAGAUUAUAGAGUGGAACAACCCCGUCCACACAAGAAGACUGCUUUCACUAUACUUUCCACGGGACAGGCGGCUCCUUCUGCCCCUCGGCCUCCACAACAAGCGCCCACCAGAGGGAGGCACGCCUCCAUCCAGUCGACAUCGACGACUACCUCAUCGCCGGCCGGCAGACCUCAGAUCAGUCCUCGCCGGAAAUCGAUCUUUGGUUCCGAGCCACGACUGCCCGAGCUGCCCUCCUCGCUGGGUUACAACAGUCAACUAGUCCACCAGACCACAGAUGACUCGCCACGACCCUCGGUGCAGUUCAAUAUGAGUGGACGCCACAGUCGCAGCAAACUGGCCAUUCCGCAGAAGGGCAUCCUCCAGCAGCGGGACUCGCUGACCUCCUCCAUCGACACCUUCACGCCACGAGCCCAAAUAAGAAGGGGAUCCAUUGGCAGGGAUCCCAACCGCAGCUUGCCCUAUGGCCAAAAGAUCAAGAGCAUGGAAACGCUGCCCCUGAUUACCGAUCCGCAUCGCAGCGCCAUUCCCCGCCUGCACUACGGGUCCACCAUGGAUCUGAGCAGGCCGGAACCCGCUGUCUUUCCGCCCGGGGCACUGCCGCGACCACUGAAGCCAAAUCUGAAUCCCACGCGAAGGCAACGCGGCCUCCUGAAGAUCAUUAACAAGGCGGAGCCGCUCGCCCACAGCCCGCCGCGUUCCAACUGGUGCAGUUUGGAUGACCUGACCCGGCCCUCCUUUGAGGGCACCCCCAACCAGGCAAGACGUCGCUCCAGCUCCACCUCACCAGAGCGUCGCAGUUCCACGCAAACGGUCUCGGAUCGCAGAAGUUCCAACCUGAGCAGCGUUACCGCCACCACCUCGGAUUUCAGUUUCCGCCGACCCACGCUCUCCACACUGCCAGCAGCUCAGACACUGUCCAGGAUGCGCCGGAAAUCCGUACAGGCUCUUAGUCCGAACAGGAUACCGAACAGGAUUCCAAGCUUCGGACAGCGAAGGCAGUCCAUCUAUCAGAGGGAUCAGGAACCCAAGCCGCUGAGCAGGCACGGAAAGAUCGCCAAGCCGAGCACACUGUCCCCCAUAAUUGGAACUCCAAAUAAGGACAGCAGUUCGGCUCAGAGUCCCACCCACAGAUCCUCGCUGAUGGGCGAUGCGGCGGAUACCCCAUCCGAGGUGUCCACGCGGCGGGACUCGGUCUCUCGCAUACCGGUUCGCAAAAGUCCUGACUCGCGCUCCAAUUCGCCACUUAAGGACUUCGGAAUCACUGCCUCUGGACGAAGCUCGCGGGCAAGCAUAACUCGGUCUCCUUCCAGAACCAUGAAUGCCGGCAGUCGAUCUCCUUCCAGAUCCAUGCAGCCCAGCAGAACCUCCUCGAGGGAGAGUGGAAGACCUGGGGACUCGAGGUCCGCAUCCAGGGGACCACCUUCUAGGCCUGGUUCCCGAUUGGAUCAGAUCAGUUCCCGAACGGAUCGGUCCAACUCCCGCCUGGAAAGAUCCAGCUCACGCGCUGAAAGAUCUAGUUCUCGUGCGGAGAAGUCCAGUUCCCGUUUGGAUGUGUCCAACUCUCGGGGAAACUCACGUGCAAACUCGCGACUGAGCAUCAACUCUUCCUCGCUGCGGUCGUCCAGCAUUUCACCCGCUACCAUGGCCAGGAACAGGAGUAUGCGUGCCACAACACCCAGUCGCCGGAAGUCCAUCUCCUUGAGUCCAGCCAGUGCUAUGAUGGAUCGCCGGAAGUCCACAUCCUUGAGUCCAGCCAGUGCCCUGAUGGGUCGACGUAAAUCAAUCAGUCCCGAUGCCUUUGGCCAGAGCAGAAGAGUUUCCAGUCGGGGUAAGCCCGAGCCUCCAGAGAUUCUAUCGCGACGGAACUCCCGCUCCCGUAUUCCCACCAGAUCGACAAAAGCUGCGUCCAAAUCCCCGCCGUCCUCGUCCAUGAAGAGAUCGAAAUCGCCGGAGAAAACCAAAGCCAUGGGAACCACGCCCAAGAGCAACAGAGUUGGAAAAGGGGCUACCACUAAGGGAAGCCCCAAAGCGAAGCCCAAGAUCCCUGCAAGUGCCAAACCAAAGACCAAGACGGAAUCCUCGACAAAACCACCAGCGAAGAAUGCAAACAAAACUCCUGUAGGUGGUAGACCAGCCACGAAUGCAAAAAAGCCCGUCAGCAAGGGGACUUCCACCAAGGAUGCAAAAGUGGAGAAGGGAAAGGAGACUGGGAAGACUGUGGCUGCCAAAAACAAUGGUAAAGAAACCGAGUCUUCAGUGAAGUCUAGUAAAUCCCAGGUCACAAAAACUAAACCACCUGGGGGAACAACAACGGAGCCCAAGAAACCAGUCACCACAAAAACCCAUGGAAUGACGUUGGAGAAAGGAGCAAAUGGAUCCGAUCCCGUGGCAGGUAUUCCUCCGUUGGCUGCCCAGGUGGGCAAUGCAGUUCUGCAGGCCGUGGAAGCGGUUCCAGCGGUGACCAGUGAGGUUACCGUACCCUCAACGCCAGGAGCUAAAGGUGCUGGGGGCGCCAAUAUGUCGAAACUGGUGCGAAUGAGCUCCAGGAUGAGCCUGCUAAGCAACAAGAGCACCAAGAUGCGAUCGGAUUCUCCUCAAAACCGAAAGGUGGCCACCGUACAGGAACAUGCAACAGAAAAAGAUGAAACAGUAGGAGCCAGCUCGCAAGCGAUGUCCAAUGAUGCCGCUGCUAUUCUGGAAAAGUCCCAGAAAACUCUGGAGAAUAUUCAGAAAACCGUCACCGAGGCCACCGACGAAAUCCAUAAGACCAUCACCGAAAAUCUCACCGAUCUGAAAAGUCUGGAGAACGACCUGGCCGCAGAUCCCUCGCCAACGCCCAGUUCGGGUACCGCGAUGGCCAGACCGGGUGAAUCCGCCUCCCGAACGGGCACAGCCGAUGGCAGCAUUGCUCCUCAGAGUUCGGGGGAGCUGCCCAAGUCUCCAUUUCCACCCACCCAACCCAUCGAAGCCUCUGUCUCGGUUGUGCAUCCCAAUGAAGCCUCCGCCGAGCGAAUAGCCAGCGUACCCGAGGUAGAGUGCGAGAGCUCUGAUCUUCCAACGGCGCUGGACGCUUCCGAAUCCGAGCUGGGUGGUAAUGUAAUGCCCACGCCCGAGAGUGGGGCGGACUUCAAAGUGGACGCCAAGCGGCGUUCGCCGGACGGACAGGGAGGAUCCACAGCGGGAAGCGGAGGUCCAGCAAAGAGCAGCAGUCAGGAGUUCCUUGAGGACAAGGAUAAUGCCAAAAAGGGCGGUCUGUGCGGAUGCUGCUCCAAGCUGUUCAUGCCCUGCCGUCGAUCCCGCUGCUCCCGUUGCUGCCGGCGCCGUGAGCGAAACGAAUCCGCCGAGGAUCAGCCCGUCCUGUGGAGCGGCAACAGCAGUGCCACCACGGCCACCAAUGUCCAAGUGAUUGACGAGACCAAGCCGAAGCGCAAGAAGGUAUCGGAUUGGCUGAAGUCCAGCUGCUGCCGGAGCUGUCGCAAGAAACCCGCCACCGAGGGGCAGGAACCAGUUGAGGAGGCAGUGUCCAAGCGGACGAAGCAGAAGCAGGAGACCAACAUGAGCACGGGACCAAACACACGAGGCAAAUGCGGCCUCUGUCUGAGCAAGGUGUUCUGCUGUCGCUCGGUGAACAGGGUGGAUCCCACCACGGGCGACGAGACGGAGAUGAAGCAGUGCUGCUUUUGCAUACCAUGUCGUCGCGGCAGUCGACCCAACAAAAAGGGCAGCACCGUGUCCUGGCGGGAUCAGGACCCCGAGCUGGGCAUCAAGCCCACCGAGUCCUCGGUGCUGGAAGGCGCUUCGGAGGCAGCCAUGUCAGCGGCAACGGAUGCUGCGAAUGGCCAGGUUAAGGAGGGUUGCUGCAAGCGCUUCUGGCUGAUGUUGCUGUGCUGCCGCAAAAGGAAGCGCCGCGAGUCCAACGCUCGGAGGCAGAGCAUCCGGGCGCCGCCACCCAGUGAGGACACGCGGAAAAAGCUGCACGUGGACCUGGUGGAGUAUUCAUCCAAGAUGAAGGGAGCUAUACCCGUACUGCCGCUGUAUCUGGCCUGGUUCUGUGCCUUCUGCAAUGUGGUUUUCCCAGGUCUAGGAACCCUGCUCUCCGGACUCUUUUGCCUGUGCGUGGGCAUUCCGCGUUUCUCGCAGUUCGACAGUGCUCGCGCAAGGAUUGGAUCCUUCAUCAUCAACAUUAUCGUGGCCGUGUCGCAGUUCUUCUGCGUGCUCUUCUGCUUCGUGGGAUGGGGCUGGUCCAUUUGGUGGGGCACCAUAAUGCUAAGAUGUGCUAAGAAACUGAGCAAGAUCAAAAAGGUGGAGCGUUUGGAGCUCGAGGAGGAGCAACGGCAGGCUCAACUGGCGGAGGCUGGGAAAAACGGCGUCGCCGAGACGGACAAGACAUAGUCCUCCAGUCCCGGAUACAACUAAGUUGCUUUUUAUACCAUUGUGUACAUACUUUUGUACAAAACAUGUAGAAUACGCAAACACAUGCACUUCCACGUGAACUUCCAGGUUAAGCUAAAUGGAACAGAACUUCCCUUGAACAUGAGAUACAUAAUUGUAUAUGUAUUAAAAUCAUUAAACUUCCA